AUGGAUAAUUCAUAGUUGCAAUUAUUGAAAAGUGACUAUGAGUAUUUGUCUCCUCCGGUUUUAGUCCAAGAUGAGGAAGAUGACUCUCAUAGGCCGCUUAAUCAGCAUAGGAAUUAAAUCAGUGCAGUAAAUUAUUCACUCAAUAAGGGUAGCUACAAAAGCCCGAAUAUAUUGACUUAAAAUCAAGAUUACUUCAAAAUCAAUAGUGCUAUUCCUAGUUCUAGAACUGAUGAAGAGUCUACAAGAGAACUAACAAGAGUAAAUUUAGAUAAAAUAGGCAAAGAUAAUCUCAUCAAGAUUGCCCAGCUUAGAAAACGAUUCGAUGGAUGUCAAGAUGCAAUUUUAGGUACUCUCAAUUCUAUUAAUAAUUCAUCUAAUUUACUAGAAUAUCAGAAAAAAAUGGCAGAGAAUUAGGUUAGGGUAGACAAAGCUAUUGAAACUUAUAAUGCUAUCUUAUAGUAGAAAGAAGUUUAUAAAUCAAAACUUUAUGAAAUAAAAAAAGAAAACUUAAAGGUUGUGAGAAAAACUGAAAAUGUAAAUGAGGAAAUUAAAGAAUUAGAAGAGGCUUUAAAGAGUGGUCUAGAAGUUGCGAAAAAUGGAAUGGGAGGCUAUGGCGGCUAUGGAUUGUAAAGAAACAAUAAAUAUGGCAACAUAGAUGAAGCAACCAGAUUAGAAAGAGAAAAAAUGAAAAAAAAUCUUUACGUUGGAGUUGAUUAUAUUGGAGACGAGGACAUUAGACUGAAUAGUGAUGUAAAACAUAAAUCUAAAUGGGAGAUUAUCAAAGAAAAAAUGAGUAGAUUUAUUGAAAGAAUAUCUCCUCUAAGAGCUGACAUACACUAUAUUGAGGCAAGAUAUGAUAAAUCAAUCACUAACUUUUUUGUGUUUUUUAAGUUCAUCUAUUACAUGAGCAUCUUAUCCUUCCUGAUAUUCAUUUAUCUUUGCUCUAAUCAUGCAAGAGUUUAUCUCUUUCAGAAAUCAAAUUUAACUUAAGUAUGUGAUCAAUUUUAUCCAUGCUCCUUAUUCUAUGCAAGAUUCUAAUCAAGUCAAAAACUUCAAUAUGCUAUGACAUUGUUUAUCUUUAUAGUAGUUGGAUACGCAGGUUGUAUCUAUUAAUGGAUUUAAUUUGACAAAAAAUCUAAGCAUUAUGAUCUGUUCUUAAAGGAUAACAUUAUUUAUGGCAGAGCUUUGCUGAACUGCUGGGAUUGGAGAAUGUGUGAUUAAUAAAGCGUGGAAACCUAAAAGAGUCAAAUAUUUAAUGAAAUAAAGCUUAAACUGAGAGAAGAUCGCAUUAGAGAGGAGAUUAAACAUAGAACUGACGAAGAAAAAUGUAGACUAGUUAUUAAAAGAGUAAUCACAAUGAUUCUAAGUUUUAUUGUAUUGGUUAUUGGAUGGGGGAUUAUCAUUCUUCUAUCUAUCUACGAAAAUGACAUGCAAGACUAUGUAUCUUAAUAUAAUAAAUUCCUUGGAACAUGGACUCCAACUGCACUAGUAACUGUGGUCAAUUUUAUAGUUCCUAAGAUUCUGGGUAUCAUUACUGAUUUUGAGGAAUGGGAGUUUGCCUCAACCUAAAUGAGACAUGAAGUAUGGAGAUCAUAUUUAGCCGGUAUCUUGAACAAUUUGAUAUUUGCCGUCAUUUAUUCAGAGGUUUUUAUUGACAAACCAUUUUUAAGAGAUACAUUCAUUGCAGAUUUUUAAUAAGCAAACAAAGGUAGUCUUAGAUUUCCUUGCAGAGAGGAUAUGAUAGCAGUAUAAUACAUCAAGCUUGUAAGGAACUUUUUUAAAGUUUAAUUACUAUAGUUACUAUCAGAAACUAUUAUAAGAUACUUGUAUUACGGAUAUUGGAUAGCUCAUCAUAAAGUUGUUUCUCUAUUUAAAGGAGAUGAUUGGAAAAAGCCAUUUGAAACUGCAGAUGUACUUAUAAUUCAUUUAUAUUAGCAAUAUUUUUAGGAAUUGGUGUGGCUUUUGAGUUAUCAACAGAUUAUUUGGUUUAACUUUAUUUUUUCUCCAUUCACAGCUGUAAUAGCACCUUUUCUUCUUUACUUGCAUUUCAAAUUUGUUUACCUUAGACUGACUAAGAUGAAAAUCUAACCAGAAGGCUCUUCAAAUGAUGAUAAAAUAGGUUACUUCAUAAUGGUGUUCAUGAAUAUAACAUUCCUGUGUAUAGUUGUACUUAUUGGAUUUAUGCUAUUUUAUCCCGCGCCCCAUUACUAUAAUCUAAAAAAACCUAAGGAAUUUUGUGGAGCUUUCGGUUCAGGUGAAUAUUGGUAUGAAAUCAUUGAAGAUGCUAUAACUAAGGGAACUAUUGGUGAGGUAUUAUUUGCCUACAUCAUUUCUAAUAAUAUCUUGUUAAGUUUUCUAUGUAUUAUUCUUAGUGCGCUUGCCUCAGUUUAUUGGAAAAAUAUAAUGAUGCUUUUGAAAUACAUUGAUGUUAAAACUAAGGAAGUUGAGUAUAACAUUGAUGAUUUGUAAUAUAAACUAAGGAGUCUUUAACAAAAGGAUAAAUUUUUCAGAGAUAAUAGAAAAAUUGAGUGA